AGAUCGCAGCGCACUGUUCUUCCCACCAAUUAAGCUCGUCCAUUGAGUCCACCCCCUUUCUCUGACUGCUCCGCCUGUGCGUGCGUCACUCGCGCUCGAGGAGUGGUUUGGUUGCGCACCCAACGGCUCGGCUGGCCUCGUACCGCUUGUUCGCUUGCGCGUUUGUGCGGAGUGGUUGCUGACCGGCCGCCGCGCGGGCGGGCAUUCCGAUAUAGGUGAAGACGAGCUCUUGUUCCGUCGCUCAUCAUCGCUCCUCGCCACCUCGGCGGCAGAUUGAUUGAGACAAAGGAGGAGGGUGGUGUACGGCGACAUGGACGCGCCCUUCUUCCACGAGCUCAGGCGGCAGGCGUCCUCCUACCUCACCGGCAAGAUCCGCUCCGCGCGGCUCGCGCUCACGGACGUCACCCCGACGCAGCUGAUGACGGAGGAGGCGACGAACGGGGACGCGUCGCCGCCGAACGUGAAGACGAUGGGCCUCAUAGCCCGGCAGGCGUUCGAGAUCGACGAGUACGUCAGGAUCACGGACAUCCUGCACAGGCGGUUCGCGAGCUUCGACAGGAGGCAGUGGCGGGAGGCGUACAAGGCGCUGCUCCUCCUGGAGCAUCUCCUCACGCACGGCCCCCGGAGCGUCGCCUCGGAGUUCCAGAAGGACAGGGAGGCCAUCGAGCAGAUGACCACCUUCCAGCACAUCGACGAGAAAGGCUUCAACUGGGGCCUGACGGUGAAGAGCAAAUCGGAGCGGGUGCUCAAGAUGCUGGAGCGGGGCCCGUUCCUGGAGGAGGAGCGCGAGCGGGCGCGCAAGAUCGCGCGCGAGAUCAAGGGUUUCGGCAGCUUCAACCUCAGCAGCGCCUCGCGCACCGUCGCUCAACCGUCCGGUGACGACGGCAGCCGCUACGGGCGGAGCAACUCGCAGUACGAGGAGCGGUGGAGGCACGAGGACGGCGAUGACAGCGACAAGGAGAACCUGAUAGCGUGGCCGGAGCCGCGGGUCGCGCGGGAAGUGCAGGCGGAGGAGCCUCACCACCACCACCCGUUCCACGGGUUCGGGCAGCAGCGGCCGGAGGCGAUGCUGCUCCUGAGCCAGUGAUGGGAUCAGUCUGUUGGUGUCAUGGUGACGUGAAAAAAAAAGGUGUGCUGAACUAGCCUUUCUCCCUUCUGCGAAGCCUGUAAGGUCAGUGGUUUGCUGACACUGUUUAAUGCUUGGGCACUCUGAUGUUCUCAUGGUUCUAUUAGGCAUGCUUCGCUUUGGCCUUGUAAAUUUCAAUCCUUCAGUUCUGGGCCAAAA